GCAUGCCAUAAAAUGUAUUAAAAUCACAUACCUGUAGAAACUUAGAAUUGAUUUAUUGAAUGUGACGACCAUUAGUUUCUACCUAUUCUAUUCGUGUGCAUCCCCCUUUUUUUUCCACUUUUGCGUUCAUUUCACUUCAUUUUUGCAGUGGUAGUUCCUAUAUAGCAUGCUUAUUACUAGCCUCCUUCCAUAUUUCCAAAAUAAAGACAACAUAGCGCCAGAUGCUUUUUUUCCCCCGUUUGCUUGUUCUUUAAAGCAGUUUUCCCCCAACCUAAUGGGUCCGAAAAUUAAAUUAGAUUAAAAAUAUGUACCCCAAAUAACAUAUCUUUGUUCAUCUAUCUAUGCCAGCGAUUUGUAGUGACAGGCCGAACAAUUGAAUGCUCUUCCACUAGAUGGCAGAAGGUACAAUUAUGGUGUGAAUGCACCUGUUGUCAUUCAUAUUUAGAACAGAAUAGCUUGAUGUCCAACUGCGCACUGGCGGUAUCACAUUCUGACGGUACGAUAACCUUGAGCAAAAAUACCACCGUUUCACAGUAUUGCAGUAUUGAAAUUACAGCUCUAAAAUGUAUCAUUCUGAAAUGUUUAGGUAAUUAACCACAACAGCUUUUUUUUUUUUUUUUCAUUGAACACAAUUGAAUUUUUGAAGAGCAUAGCAAAUAUUUGUUGCACUCGUAAACAUAAUAAUAAUAAUAAUAAUAAUAAUAAAUAUUUGUUCUCAGCAAAAACAAAAAUUUUAUUACAUGCAGUAAGUCAGACUAAAAAUCCAGCUGUCGUGAUAUUGAACGGGUACGCAAUGGCGCGAGAAAAAAGUCAUAGACGUGCAAGCACCUAAAUUUAAUUUGAGCUUCUUUGGCAGAAAAUAAGUCUUGUGCGGAAACUAGCUGAUGUUAGCCACGCUAGUUAGGGACAUUUUGAAACCUGUUACGGGGCCAUGUUCAAGUAAAAAGUCCAUUUGUGAAUAAAUUGAGAGAGAGAAAAAAAUCCUUAUUUCAGUCGUUAUACUUUUGUGACAUUUGUUUUUGGUAGUGUAGAACGGUAAUGGUUGGGAAACUCUGCUUUAAGGGGCCAAACAAUUUCAUCGUUACACCAGGACUUGCAGUUCCCCAAAGAUUCAGAUUUUCAAUGAACAAGCGUUGUCGCUCGCCCUUCGACUGUAACAACCUAAAUUUAGCCCCCCGUCACUUGUUAGCGACAUACCAAUGACAACAUACUGAUACCCACCGACCCACCCGCCCACUCAUUCAGUCACUCCGUGAGCUCGGGCCCCAGACCCCCGACCCCUCCCCUGGUCCCCGUGCAGUGCCGGUGCCCACUCAGCUCGAACCGUCCACUUUUUUCCCUGCGCUUCGAGAGGAUCUCGUCCUUCAGGGCAGGGUCAGCCAUGUCACUUUUCUCCACCGUGACGUCCGGGGAGAGGAAACUUCAGGCCGCAGCGAUCUGCAGGGAGAUUCAAGCCCAGGAAGGUAGUCGUUUGCUUGUUUGUGUGACUUCCCCCGCAUCUUUUUGCAUCACUAAUCACUCAAAUCGGUGUAAAGGGUACAUUCAAGUACACAAAAGUUGUAGAUUUGAUACAGCAGUAUCCUUUUGGUGUCAGAAGUGGGAUUCCAGAGUGAUCCAACACAUUUUCCACGUGCUCAAGUAGUUCAAUGGGAUAAUUAUUCACAGGUCAAGGGCACUAAAGUAGUAACUUGCCAUUGUAGCCUUAAAAGUACAAUUUUUGUACUCUUUUGAUGUCAGAAGUGGGAAUUUUCCCGUCCCGAGCCCGCCUACAAGUAAGUAAAUGAAUACUUUUCAGGCCCAAUGUAACCAAUCCCUUUUGUCGUUGUCGUCUCGAACACGUUAUUUGAGGCGAGGACAACUGCUGCCUGGCACGAGGGAGGCUCCCGAAUGCCACCGACAGCUGAGACGGGACGUGGAGGUGGACCUCGGCAAGAAGGUGAACGUGCCUCAGGACAUCAUGCUGGAGGAGCUGUCCCUGGCGUCCAAUCGGGGCUCGCGGCUCUUCAAGAUGCGCCAGAGGCGAUCGGAAAAGUACACCUUUGAAAGCGUCCGCAGUGACGCCGACUCACAUCUCAACGACAAGACGGACUCACGAGCUGAUAAUGUGAAUUCCGCAGAGGACCGCAACUCUGCUGAGAACGGCUCGGGCGGAGACCGGGCUUGCGCGCCAGAAGCUGCAAAAAUGCCAGAUCCACACAGCAUCGCCCCUGGGUACGGAGGUCCUUUGAAAGACGUCCCACCUGAGAAGUUCAACAGCACGGCCAUACCAAAGUCCUACCACUCGCCGUGGGACCUGGCUCUUAUCAGGGAUCCGGUCUUGACUGACGCUCUCACUGCCGAACCGGAACCACCGGCAGACCUGCCGGGCUACAAAAGCUUCAAUAGAGUGGCCAUCCCGUUCGGCGGUUUCUCCGAGGCGGCCUUCGAGACCCCGAAGGCGGAGUUCGCCCUGCCCGACUACCCCGAGCUCAGAGGGGACACGGUCGCUCGUCGCCCCUCCUUCAACAGGGCCGCUCUGGGGUGGCAGUCUACGGGCGCUUCGGUCGCCCUCCACGUCGCGUUCCCGGAGACCGUGCUCGCCCCUGAGUCAGAUGACCUUUGAACCUGUUCAGAACUGUCAGAGUGAGGUAAAUCAAUCUGUUGGCUUAGUCAUAAAUAAGCUUAAAUGUAUAAUAAUAUGCUGAGAUACUAUUUUAGCUCAAUAAAAUUGGGUUCAAUGCAUUAUUUUA